AAAAUCUGAAAAUGAAGUCAUGCAGUGGUACACCAGCUUAUGUUAAUGCUCCUAAAGCUUAAUAAAUUGGAGAGAACUUCUACAUUCAAUAAUUUUAAGUGAGUUGUUUGGGUUAAUUCUCUUAUUACAUUGAAUCAAACAAAGAAGCUGUAAUUAUUGACCCAAUGAGAGAUUAUGAAGAAUAUAUGUAUCAUAGGCCAUAUGUUUUUUUAGUAAAUUUAGUGAAACAAGAAAUUCUGUUAUCAAAUAUGUAAUUUUGACUCAUCUACAUGCUGAUUUUGUUGCAGGACAUAUAGAUUUGGCUAAAAUUACUGGAGCUUAAAUAGUACUGGGUCCUUAGGCUGUUAUUUAAUAUUAAGCAAAAAUUGCUUAAGAUGAAGGUAAAUAAGAUGUAUAACUAUUAUUAGAAUUAUUAACUUUAGGAAGUGUAUAUCUUAGAGUUUUGCAUACACCUGGUCAUACUAUGGAAUCUAGUUGUUUUGUUUUAGUAGUAGAUGGCAAAGAUCAUGCAAUAUUUAGUGGAGAUUCUCUCUUUCUUGAAGAAGUAGGCAGACCUGAUUUGGCAUCUAAAUCUUCAGGUUUGACAACUCAAUAACUUGCUUCAUUAUUAUAUCAUUCAUUAAGAAACAAGAUUCUUAAACUUAAUGAUGAUGUAAUACUCUAUCCUGGACAUGGAGCAGGAUCAGCUUGUGGAAAAGCUAUAGGAACAGGAACUGUUAGUACUAUUGGUGAAUAAAAACUCAAAAAUUGGGCAUUAUAAAAUAUUACUGAGGAGGAAUUCAUUAAAAUAUCAACUGAUUUACCUGCUCCUCCUCAAUAUUUCUUUCAUGAUGUUCAAUUAGUAAUUAUCUCAUAUAUAAAUAUCUUAGAAUCGUUAAGGAGCGAAUGAUCUUUAAAAUAUUAAAUCAAAAGUUACAAAAGCUUUGAGUUAUUAAGAUUUUAUUCAAAUAGCUGCUGAAGGUGUCUUAAUAUUAGAUUCUAGAGAUAUUGUUACAAAAGGAAUUAUCAAAGGGUCUGUAAAUAUUACCUAAGUUGCCACUCUUGCUUCUUUUGUAGGUAUACUCUUUAAGCCUGAUCAAAAAAUUAUUAUUGUUGCAGAUGAAGGCAAGGAAGAACUAACCAUUAUCAGAUUACUUAGAAUUGGAUAUGAAAAUAUUCUUGGAUAUUUAGAAGGAGGAUUUGAUAAUUAUGUUAGAAAUGGAGGAGAAGUUUAACAAUUAAAUAUUGUUGAUUUAAAAGAUUUCUUAGAUACCAAAGGACAAUCAGAAAAUCAUGUUUUUAUUGAUUGCAGAAAUCCAGUUGAAUUUAAAACCUCAGGAAUUAUUCCAGGAUCUUUAGUGAUUCCAUUAUUUUAAAUAGAAAAUCAAGUAAAUAUCAAUCUUAUUUUAUUUAGCUUGAUUUGAUUCCUAAAGAUAAGACAUUACAUAUCUACUGUCGUUCAGGAGCCAGAGCAAAAACUGCUGCUACCAUUCUAUUAAAACAUGGUUAUUCUGACUUUGUUCUUAUUUAGAAUGCUGGUCUUGAACAUAUUGUCAAUGAACAUUAAAUUCAAGUUCAAAAAGUAGAAUGAUUUCUAAUUAUACAUAAUAAAUUAAAUCG